UAUGUGCGCCAUUCGAGACUCACCACAUGCGGAAGUGAGCUCUUCCUGUUCCUGAGACUCAGCGAAGCUUUGGAAACUUUUACCCGGUUCAAGAAAACAAUGUUCGGCUUCCAGCUGCUCGUUCUGUCGCUGCUGAUCGGCUCCGGUUCCGUCCUCGGCUGCCAGUGGGACCAGUCCGUCGAGGAGGACCAGGGCCUGGACCUGGCCACUCUGGACUCCGGCGCGCUCCGGUUCUCGGAGGUGUCGGACCCGGAGAGCUGCCGGGAGGCGUGCUGCAAGGAUCCGGGCUGUGACCUGGCCCUGGUCGGGCUCCCGGCCGAUGGGGGGCCGCAGUGUCUGCUGGUGAGCUGUAAGAGCCAGGACCGGGACGUGUGCGACCUCCAGCCCAGCUCGCAGUUCAAGGUUUACCGCAAGAUGGAGAGCAAACAGGCCCGCGACCAGGAGCCCGAGGACGGCGGCAGGGUGCGCGUCUCCCCGCUGCUCGGUUCCUGGGAGCCCCGGACCAACGAAACCAACAACAUUCGCUGUCGUCUGCCGAUGAAGGUCGGUUCAUGUCGAGCAGCGUUUCCCAAGUUCUUCUACAACGUGACGAGUCAGAGCUGCAGCGUCUUCAUUUACGGCGGCUGCGAAUCCAACGGAAACAACUUUGACUCUCAGCAGGAGUGUGAGGACACCUGCAGCGGAGUCACAGAAAUGUCCGAGGAGGAAUAUGCUGAGCGCUGUGGGGCGGAGCCUGAGGCCGGUCCCUGCAGAGCGGCGCUGAAGCACUGGUUCUACAACUCAGAGACGGGCAGCUGCCAAUCAUUCCUGUACGGAGGCUGCAGAGGAAACAAGAACAACUACAUCACUGAGGAGCACUGCAAAAACACCUGUGCAGGUGUCUCUGUGCUUCCGUCCUCUAAGAAGCCUUCUGAUGACGACAGCGUCUCUGCUCAGUACAAAGCUGACUGUCUGGUGGCCCCUGACUCUGGACCCUGUCGAGCUGCCUUCACCAUGUACUACUACGACCCAAACAGCGCCACCUGUCAGAGCUUCAUCUAUGGUGGCUGCCGUGGCAACAGGAACCAGUACGGCAGCAAGGACGAGUGUAUGAACCACUGCAGCUCUGGUCAGUUUGAAGGUCGAGAUAAGACCAAGAACCGCUGGACGGCAGCUUUCUUCCUCUUCCUCACGCUGGCGUCCAUCUCUGCUCUGCUGCUGCUGACCCUCGUCAUCGUCACGCUCAGACGCCAUCGCCUGAACCACCGCCACCGCCCCACCGGUGACAAGCAGGAGCUGCUUCCAGAGCCAGAUGAACAGUCGUCUCUUGACUCUGUGUCGCUGCCCGACAGCCCCCCCCCAAAGGCCUGAUGGGAAACCGGCGUCUGGGGGUCUGGGGGGGGGGGGGGGGGGGGGGGGGGGGGGGGCAGUCCGUCCAUCUCUGAACUGAUGGUCGUGACUCAGCUGAUUCACUACAAAUAAACACAGUCUCAGGAAGAUGAAGAGGUUCAGUUCUGGGUGGAUCUGGUUUCUCUGAGAUGUUUAAAAAACUUUACAUUAUUUUCUUUGUAGCAUAGUUUAGCUUAGCAUGAAGUCUGAAGGCCGCUAGACUGACUCUGUCACCCCCUCUCAUGUCAUAGCACGUGAUUUAAUCAUGAUAUUAUGUUAUAUUAUAUUAUAUUAUAUUAUAUUAUGAUCUUUUCUAGUACAGAACCUGGUCUUGGAUUUUUUGCUUCGGCUGAGUAGAAAAAAAACAUUUAAAGGUGACAUUUGUUUGAGGGUUAGUUAUGAAUCAGGCUGAUGGGUCCAGAUCAGAAGCAGGAGAAGAAGAGGCGCCGGUGACAGAUCAGCUUUUAAUCCUUUUAAUCUGUUUCUGGUAGAUUUGAGGUUUUGGUUGAGUCGAUGAAGUCAAGCGUGCAGAUUGUGUCUGGAUCAUUUAUUGUGACAUUUUAAUCAGUCAGUUUUAAUUAUUAAACUAAGCUGAAACUGGAAGCAGAGUCUGUUUAAAUAAAAUGAAAAUCAAUCAGAAUAAAUCCUGAUGUUUAGGUUUAAAACUAAACGUGACCCGUGAGCGCCACCUGCAGGCCGAGACUAAACUCUGGAUCACUUUAAUUAUUUCUUGAUUGAUUAUUGAUGAAGGAUUGUUGAGCAGUGAUCGUUAAUCUCUGCUGUCAUUUUGCUUUUUAUCUUAGACUUAAUGUUUCUGUUCAUUGUCAAUAAAGUGAUAUUUUACACUGAUUUAUUAUUGUAACCUGUUUUCCUAAAAAUUAAAAAUAAUGAUUCUAUGAACUCUU